UCGAUGGUUUGACACCUCUAUUGCUACCACAUACACAAAUUCUGCGGCGUUGAGAGAAUUGCAUUAAUUUUAAGGCUUUGUUGAUCAAAUUCGAGACGAAGACGCAUGGAGAACGGCGUGGAAAAUGGCUCACUGGUCGAUGGGGACCAAGUAGACGAGUCUGGCGAGAACCAGGUGGUAAGCAGCUCUGAUGGUGAGGGUGAUGGGGAGGGGGAGGUUCAGCAGCCGCCGCCGCUGCCGCUGCCGCAAACAACAAAUAAUUGCGAGGGGGUUGGGGAACGUGAAUUGUCGGUGUCGAAUGCCGCCGAAGCAGACCCGGAUCCAGAGCCAGCAACGACUGUGGAUAUUGCAGCAGCACCCGCGACCAUAUUAGACGACAGUCUCUGUGAAAAGGAUGUGGACAGUGAUGCGCCGGACGACGACAACGACGAUGAGGCCAAGGAGAACUACGAGGGCUUCAAUGGCACCGUCGGACGCAACGUAACGCUGCAAACGCUGAUGGCCGCCAAUGUGCUGCAGCCCGGCAAGGGUCUGAUGACCAUCGAGUACCUUGGCCAGAAGUUUGUCGGCGACCUGCUCUCCGAUGGCAAAAUCAAAUCGCAAGAGACUGAAACGAUAUUUCUGACGCCCAGUGCCUGGGCCAUGCACUGCAAGCGCAUCAUCAAUCCCGAAAAGAAGAGCGGCUGCGGCUGGGCAUCCGUCAAGUACAAGAACAAGAAAUUGGACUCGUACAAGAACACCUAUCUGCGGAAGUGUGCCCUGCAAAAGGAGUCCACACCUGAUGACGGUGAUCCAGAUGCCGAGCGAAAGACAGACUCCCCGGAGAUAAUCGUGAAGAGAACCGUUUUCGCACACAACAGCAUAUCGAAUCGGAAUAUGGUUCACGAUGCCAACAUGCUCAUUGAGUCCGUGCCGUUCACAUCUGUGGGUAAACUGCAGCCCUUUCUGAUCACCAUCAAUUCGUCGGCCUUGCUGCUGGCCGACUUCCACAGCCAUUUGACGGUGCGCGAGGUCUGCGGCUAUUUGGGCGGCACCUGGGACAUGAACACACACACUCUAUCGAUUACAAAGACAUAUCCUUGCCGCAAUACGCGUUUCGAUCGACAGCGAGCCGGCGAAGUGGAACGCGAUGUACAGAAAAUGAUGAUCCAGGAUCAGCUGUUGCUGGUUGGAUGGUAUCACUCGCAUCCCAAGUUCCAGGCGGAGCCCACACUGCGUGACUGUGACUCGCAGCUGGACUAUCAGAUACGAAUGCGUGGGGCCAGCGAUCUUACCUACACGCCCUGUGUAUCCCUCAUUCUUUCACCCUAUUAUGAUGAGAAUCCCACUUUGGAGUCGGUGGUCAAAUGCAUUUGGAUCGUGCCGCCCAACGAGAACAAGCAGGCCAUGGAGUACGGACGUCCCAUGCUCAUGCAGUACUCGGUGCUGCCGGACAAGGAAAUACCCGAGGAGGUGCGCACAGAGAUACAGCUGUGCGUCGAUUACUACUCACAGUAUCGCGGCGAAGUGGUCAAGUUCCGCAACAUCUUCAACAACGAUGUGACCUACAACGAGAAGCUGAAGAACACCUUGUACCCGAAAUUCCCAUCGAAGCAGAGCGACAAGGCGCUCUGGAACUGGAUAUGCGCUGUGCUGGACUGUGAGCAAGAGGAUGAUUUUAUACCACCGAAAACCAUUAAGAUUAUCGACAACGAUGAGUUGGAUGUGAAGAUGGAGACACAGCCAAGUGCUGCGACUGCUGCGAAUGAGUCCCCUAGCGAUGUGAAGCUGUCAUCGGCCAAGGAAGAGCCUCUCGUCGAGGGUGUGACAGCCAUUGAGGAGAGUGCCCGCAAAGCGGAGGAGGAAUCAUCUGCCCAGGCCGAGCAGAAGGCGAGGGACCUCAAGGUGAUGUCGCUGCAAGAGCAGCUCUGUAUGCCAUCCGGCCUGAACAUGAAUCCAGUGCGCAUGCUGUCGCCUCUAGCGACACCCAAUCCCACGAGCAGCUUACCCGCAGUUCUGCCAAAUCUUGCGGCACCAGCAAUGCCACCGUCGGCGGCCACCAGCCAGCUGCUGCCCCCACAGACGCCCGGUGGCGCAGUGGGUGCUGCUGCAAUCGCCCCCUCAGCCGUCACCACAUCAGCCCUGACUUCUGCGCUGACCGCCUCGCCGCGCGAUAGCCCCAUAACCAUAUCGAACUCUGCCAGUCCGGCCAAGUUCGAGGUGCCCGUGCGUGCCUCCCCAUCGCCGGCCAAAUCGGACGCCUCGUCCCACACGUCCACGUCCCGCACUCGAAACUCGCCAGCGCCCAGUCCGGGCAAGUUCAGUGUCAGCGAUAUUGCCCGCAACAGCCCCAGCAUUACGCCCAACAAGUACGAGGCAGCAGCGGCAGCGGCGGCCCUGGUGCCACCAGCAGCUGCCUGUCUGCCCACGGCCAACGAUCUGAUGGCCGCCAGUCUGGCCCAGCUGGCCGGCCAGCUUCCGCCAAACUUCCUGCAGGCGGAUCUGGCAGCCCUCUUCCAGCAGCAGCGCAAGGAUUACGGCAACUCGUCGCUCAAUCAGUUGGCAGCAGCUGCAGCAAAGGUUGGAGGCUCCAAGCAGAGCAACAGCAAUGUGGCGAAUGCUGCUUCCGCAUCAGCAGCGGCAGCAGCGGCGGCUGCUCUGGGUGGUCUCAAUGAUCCCAAUGUGGCUGCAGCGGUGGCCGCCUACUCGAACAGCUUCAAUAUGCCGCUACCCACGGGCUCGGGGAGCGGUGGCGGCGGCAGCAACAACCACAACAGCCACAGCAACAGCAAAUCCAAGUCUGAGAGGUCCUCGAAGUCCUCAUCGUCGUCGUCCUCCUCGAACUCGAGCUCCACCUCCAACUCGUACAAAACGAAGCUGAUGAAGGAGCUGGACGAGCUGAAGAACGAUCCGCUGAAGAUGAGCGAACUCAUCCGCUCCCCGGAGUAUGCAGCGCUCCUUCUGCAGCAGGCAGAGGCGCUGGGAGCCACCACACUGGGCACCCUGGGUUUUGGCUCCGACUACAGCUAUCUGACGGGAGCGGGACUCGGUGUGCCCACGGCCAGUGCGCUCUCGGCCAGUCAGCCCUCGAACUCAUCGUCUGGCAAGUCAUCGAAGUCGUCCCCAUCGACGUCCGCCUCCGCUUCGGCAGCAGCAGCUGCGGCUGCCCUUAAUGCGGACUACAAUAACUUGAUACAGGCCUCGAAGUUGCUCGGCUACGACUCCUACAUGCAGCAGAGUAAGCAGAGCAACGACCUCAAUGCGUUCCUGCAGCAACAGAUGGCUGGUCUGGCCGCCGCUGCCAUUCCUCCGCCUCCAGUCGCCAGCAGCAGCAGCAGCAGCUCCAAGAAGCAGCAACAGCAGCAGCAGCAACACCAGCAGCAGCAGCAGCAGCAACAACUACAACAGCAGCAGCAACAUCAGCUCCAGCAGCAGUCGGCCCAGGCUGACUACACGGCGCUGCUGCAGACCUACACCAAGCUGUUCGAUCCCAACAAUCAGUUUGCGGCGGCAAUGGCCUCCAACAAGCACAUGGCCGGGGCCCACAACGAACUCUCUGCGCUGCUCAACGCUGGAGCAGGCGUCAGUGGGGGUGGCGGCGGCGGCGGCAGCAGCUCCAAGCAAAAGCAGAAGGACAUGGGCAACGACAUGCUGAACCAGCUGCUGCAGCUGGAGAAGCAGGACUCGGAGAUCAAGGCGCUGUUGUAUCGUCAGAAUAAGGCUGCCGCCGACUUGGAUGCUUUGUUUGCCGCACCAUCGGGAGCUGUGGUGGGGGCCGGCGGCUCCUCGUCAAACUCAAUGAAGUCAUCUGGCUCGUCGGGCGGUGCUGGCGGAACGGGCGUGCCCUCGCCCUCGUCUCUAUCGAGUCCGGCUGCCUACUACAAUGCAUUGGCCCAGGAGAAGAUGCAGGACUAUGCGGCCUUCUUCCAGCAGCAGCAUGGCAAAUAUGGCAUACCAGAUCCGCUCUCGAAGACGACCCUGGCCGCCAACAAUAUGUUCAUGUCGCCGUCGGCACUGUUCAAGAUCCAGCAGGAGUCGCUGUCGGCCAUGAUGAUGAAGCCACCGAAAUCGACGACACCAUCGUCGGCGCGCACACGAGAGUCUUCGGCCUCGCCGGCCCUGGAGCGACUGACCCCAACCAAGUCGGCUAGCAGCGGUGGCGGUGGCGGCGGCAGCAGCAACUCGAACUCUGGUAGCAAAUACAACUUUAGUGCCGUGGAUCUGGCCAUAUCGAGCGUGCCCUCGAACACACCGUCGCCGGCACCGUCCGAUGGCAGCAGUGGCUCCUCGCACCGACGGCCAUCGCCGGACCUGAGCCGACUGUACGGCGAGCUGGCGCCACCGGGCGCACUCCUCGGCAGCGGGGUGCCCAAGAAACGCAUGGAGUUUGGUUCGGUGGCCGAUCUGGCCGCACCGCCGCCAGCCAAGAUGUCCAAGAGCAGCAUGAGCGAUGACAUCCUGAACCUGUCGCACGAUUAGGAUCCUUGCCAACAGUAGCAGCAGCAGCAGCAGCAGCAGACGCAGUAUUUCCCCCAGCAGUAUCUAUCCUCAUACGUAUCGUAACGUAGCACUCAUAAGCGUACCAGUGUCGGUCAUUUUAAUCGUCCCAUCCACAGUAUCUUUCCGGGGGAUAAAUCCUUAAAUCCUAAUUCUAUUUAUUGGUUUUUUUCAACAAUAUUUCGCUUAAGUUGUAACCUCGAUUAAGUGCAUUUCUUUUUAGGUGUAAAGUUCAUAGACGAAGCAUAUGAAACUCAGAUAAGCUCUCCUUAUAUUCGUAUAUCCUUAUUAUAUCCCUAUUAUAUGACCCAAUCAAAAAUAUGAUUUCAUAAAGAUUCUGCCACGAUUCAUCCCAUACCCAAUACCAUUCCCAGAUAUGCCGUGCAUAUUUGUCGGCAUCCAUCGUCGUAUAUUGCAGAUUUCGCCAGUUCUGCGAGUGAAUCUCCCGCUUUUACUCACGAGCGCUGCAUGUCCUUAAACGUUUAAUUUAAUGUACUCGUACUAAUUUAGUCUUAAUUACUGCAUAAAAGUACUUUAAGUAUUUUAAAUAUAUACAGACACAUACAGAACCAGCCGACACACAAACGAUCCGAAGCGAACCGAACAGAACGGACGGACGGACUUGAAAGACACAUCAAACUGUAUUGUAUCUGCCUACCGCAUAACUAUAACUUUGAAUCUUUGCCGCAAUAAAUUACACGACUAGUUAC